UUCAUUCCUGCAUCAGCCAUCCUGGAAUUCUUCGAAACGAUGAGGGUGCCAUGAGGCCUUGAACUUUCGGCAACUUGCAUUUGAAUUUCUCAUGCAGUGGUGCUUUGCGGCCCCUAGAAAGGCAAACACACGGAUAGACUCUUGGUAACUUGCUUUUCGUCAUUUUGUCUGUGUUCAACGGGUUUGCUGUGCACCAGAGCCGUUUCCUUUGACUUUCUCAUCCAAUGCAGCUUUUCGUGAACAAUCCUUUCGGCACGACCUUCACUGUUGAGUUGUCCCCGCAGGACACUGCUGAUUCUCUCAAGAGCAGGAUUCUAGGGAUCACCAGCUCGUCGGAUUUCAAUACUGCAGAUGUGCGGUUGACCUUUGCUGGCCACGAUCUGCCUGAUCGCGCAACGUUUGCGAGCGCGAAUGUUUCCAACGGGUGCACGCUGAGUUUUGACUUUCGCCUGAGGGGUGGAAUGCUUCCACAGCCAUGUCCAUUGCCCACCCCUCAGGAAUCGGACGACAGAGUCGCUCCUCGUCAGAUGGAAAGGGAUAUAAUCAAUAUGACGGUUCCAGGACAGAUCAUGAUCUCAAUCCGAACGAUACAUGACCAAAAACUUGAUAUCUUUGCGUCACCCAGCAGCUCCGUUUUGUUCCUCAAACAGAAAAUAUCGGAGAGUAUUGAAGUGGAUGCUGAACAUCAGCGUUUGCUGUUUUCCGGGAGAGUUCUCCAAGACGACAGUACCCUUGAGGAUUAUGGUGUUGCAAAUGGGAGUGUAAUGCAGCUGUCUAUCCCACCCGGCCUUAAGAUUGCUGUGAAGACGGAGACUCAAAGACGAAGACGAGGACAAGAAUCAGAGGUGCAGAUUUUUGUCAAGAAUUUGAAUGGAAAGACGAUGGCCUUGAUGAUCUCGCCGACGGAUACGGUAGAAAAUCUGAUGAAGAAGAUCCAGGAGAGGACGGACAUUCCACCUUCUGAGCAGCGCAUCCUAUUCGGUGGGAAACAACUCGUGCCCGAUAGGAUUUUAGCGGACUACAAUAUUUCGAAGGAGAGUACGUUGCAUCUUGUACUUCGUUUACGGGGAGGAUUGUGAGGCGAAACAUCGUCAUGCAGCAUUAUGUUUUGGUUUCCCAUUGAUCCUCUAGUACGAUAUGCAGACACUGAUGCAGAUGUGUAGUGUACGAUUAUGGCCAUGUAAACACUGUAUUUAACGCUGCUGUAAAAUUCAACGACCAAGAACACUAUGUAUCAAGUAUUAUGGUCCCAGUGCCACGGAAGAAAUAGCUACAAUUGUUUCAUGUGGGCUGACCCACCUCCACCACCAUGACUACAAUGCGUCCGCACUCAAAGCCGUUCUCCAUGCAGCUGACGAUGCUUCUUCCAUGCUCCCAACUGUCAACAAGGUCCUUAGUCUCAGUUGUUCAAGAAAAUCCUCGCCGGUAAUGCUUAUUCUCUGAUCAUACGAAGAACCUGACCCCGAUUUUGAAUUCGCUGCCCGCUGGGCCAGAGUGAAGUUACGGUGACGAGAUGUGAAUCAUUGAGGUCAUUGUUUUGGUUGUAUACGUA